AAGUUAAAAGUAAAUUCAAACCUAAGGAUAAGCCAGUUUGCUCCGUAAAGAAGCUCAAUUUUACUGUAAGCACAUUUUAUGCGCAAACGCAAUAUCAGAUUAAUAUUUUUCUCGUAUCAGAAACAUAAGACAUCUUAUUUACAAGGUCUUCACACUCUUUUAUCUUAGGCAAUAUGCGUUUAACGUAUUAUAAAGAACUAUAGCAUUGUAAAGUAUACACUACACAGUCAAUGCUACUGCAAGUACAAAGACUGGUUUGCGUAUCUGCCCUACAAAUGAAGACCAUUAAGCAACCAUUAAGGGCGACACGCACGCCAUCUGCCGCUCAUUACAAUAGUUUACAUGAAAAACUUUAAUUAUCAAAAGAAAUAUGAUCAGUUUUUUUUAAAUAAAAUUUUACUGCAAUGUUUUGGUAAAAUGAUUUGUUGUUAGUAUUAUAGUUUUUACCUUUUUUAAACUAGGCAAGAUUUUUCUUGUAUUGAUCAAGCUGCUUGUUAGCACAUGCGCCAUGGCGAACUUCAGUCCAGGAAAACACAGAUGGACUUCAAGGGCUGUGACAAUAUUUCUAUUAGAAGAUUUAGAUUACAUUAUAAAAUGUUUUAUGUCAGUUUAUAUAACUAAGCGUUUAUUUAUCGUAUUCUUAUCGAAUUAGUGAAUCCAUUUAAAACCUCAAAAAUGGGCAACACCCAAGCCAAUGAAAAACAGUCGAAGGCUGGGAAGUCGCCAGCGAAGGGGAAACAUUUCAUGAGGAAUUUAAACAGGAAAGGAUCGUUCAAGGACGGCAAAAAACGAGCAAGAAAAAAGAGCAUCGCGAAACGAGAGGCGUUCGACAGGGAGGCCGAUAAAACGCCAGAUUCCGAUAACAAUGAAGCGAUCGAGGCAUCCGAUAACGAUACGGCCGAGUGCGUGUUCAAAACAACGUGCCGGAGCGCGGGGGGCGGUGCAGAGGACGCGGGGGGCGCGGAGACGAGCAGCGAGCACUCGGAGGUAACGGGGUCCAGGUGGUCCGCGGCCGCGCGCGAGCGCCGGUCACCGACCCGCGGCGGCGAUUCCGCGCACCCGGCCCCCGCGCCCACCGCGCCCACCGCACCCGACGACUCCAACUCCGAGUCCGUGUUCACGGACCCCCUCACGCCGCUCGCCGUCGAGCUCAACCAGUGCUACUACUCCGCGGAGAGCGACAGCGCGCACGACGAGCCCUCGCGCGCCCUCUCGUCCCCACCCCCGCCCGCAGCCGGCUCAGUCGACACAUCGCCGGAGAGCGGCUGGCCGGUUGUAAACAUGCCGCACGCGGACGCCGCGACACACACGACAGAAACAGAAAAAGAAAUUGCAACUGACGUAUUCGAUGAAAACUGCGAGCCGAGCGACAUCGGCGCGUACACGAUGGGCGGUAUACUGACGAGACCGAAACCGGAGUCGGAGCCGAAUGAGUGCAGCCACGAGUUCCUGGAGAACCGGCUGAAGGCCUGCCCAGGGCAGACCGCCUUCACGGUGUCCAAGCACCGCCGGGUGGAGCUACCGCCGGUGAGCGCACCCGACGCCCUCGCCCUCGCCCUCGUCGAUAACGAAAUUGACCGCCGACAUUCGAGUUUAAGCGAUGUGCCCGUGGCGGAAUCCAAUGUAUUGAGGAAAGUGGCUUCGCUGACUUUGGACAAGCUGACAGAUGCAAAGGUAGCGCGGCCUAGGUUCGUGCCGGAGAAACUGGACUUCCAGCUCUAUGAGAAGUUUGAAGGGCAGAUGCUACUUAAUUGGUUUGUGUCAUCGAUUGCUGAAAAUGGUAACUUUAAAAGCCUUAUAAGCACUCAAGAUCUGAAAAAUAUUGGAGUACAAUAUUGCACGCAUCUAUUAGCAGCAGGAGUUCUACGACAAAUAUCAGAUAAAGAUGCACCGACGGAAAAUGUAUUUAAGCCUAACCUAAUGUAUUAUUGGGCACAUAUGGAGGCACCCGUUUCACAACCAGUGACUCCGGGAAGGCUGCACACCAGUUCAUGGCCACCGGACAAAGAAACAAAUCAAAUUUCCCGUGAUAUAACAUUAUAUACUGCAAUGGAUAACAGUUUAUUCUACAGUCAAAACAAUAAUGAUGAAACAAUUGAUAUACAAGAGGCAAAAGCUGUUAUCAAACAAUUAAAAAAGAAACUACAAGAAGCAGAGUAUCUAUUGCAAAAAGUAAAAAUUAGUAAUCAAAUUGAAUUGUUAAACAGGAAUUUACCAAGUAGCUUUAAUUUAAUGCAAGAUAGUAAUUUAAUAAAAGACAAAGACCAACUAGUUGACAAAGAAGUACAGACUUUAUUGACCCUCAAUGAUGAGAAUAAUGUUCACAUCAGGCCUGUGAUAAGUUCAUCUAAAUAUGAUAGCCCAAUAAGAUCAAACAACAAUGAUGUCAGCACAAUAGAAAUAAGUAGGUUAGUUUAUAAAAAUCAGAUGGGUGAUGCUGAAGAUAAAUGUGAAAAAAGAUCUGAAAGAAUAGAGAAUUAUUGUAAAUUAAAUAAAAGUAGAGAAUAUAAUAAACCAUUGCGUAAGGAUGAUUUAUUAGAUAACAAUAGCCAAAUUAUUGAUGAUGCUGUAAGUCUUCCGGACAGAAGUUCUGACCAUCAAAAAUAUGACAGUUCUUCUGACUCUUCAUUUGCCAGUACUUACACCUCCAGCAAACUGACAGAUGAGAAAAGUAACCUCGAUCAUAUGUGGAAUAAAAGCGAAACUGUUGUUCAAAAUGUAUCAUGUUUAAAGAAUGUGUCUGCCACAAAUAUUCUUUUUUCUAAAGUGGACCAAUAUGUUACAUCAGAAUUAAGCCAAUCUUCUCUGGAUCAGUCACAAAAGUCUGCUGAUGAGCAAAGCGAAAGCUCAGCUAGUUAUGUUAAUGCUUCAACUUCUGAGGAAAAUUGCACACAGAUAGAAACACAUAGUGACACCAAAAUAUUGCCCAUAGUUCUGGAUGCAACAUUGCCUAGUACGGAGUUAAGCCACACAUUGACUUCGGUACCGCCACCUAUGCCCGGGAAAACUCCAUCACCACCUCCUGCACCAGGAACACAAUCAAUAGCACCUGAACUAAUGACUCCUGCUCCAUACAUAAAUCCAGCUCAAUCAAAAUCUCUACCAAUCACAAUAACAAAUGUUCCAUCACUUUCAAUAUUAUCUGAUGAGAGUGAAUCAAAAAGUGAAGAAGAUAGCAAUGAGGAUUUAAUAACAUCUUCUGUAGGAACUAAUAUACCUAUUUCAAGUACAGAAGCAUCCACAUCUGUGUCAAAUACAGAAGUGACCACACCACUGACAGAAUCAGGACCUGUAAAGUCGGAAGAGACAUUAUCUUCAAGUCCAGAUAAAUGUCUAUCACCACCUCCAGAAAAAUGUGAUAUAUCCGCACAAAAUUCUAAAGUACAAAAAUUAUCAUCACCUGUAACCUCCGAAGAAAUUACAACUAUCGUGGAAAUUAAGACAAGCACAGUACAAACACCAAUCUCACCUUGUAUACCCCCUCCUCCGCCUCCAAUGCCUGACAUGGGGCAACCUGUACCUCAGAUGCCAGAAUUGGGGCCUCCACCACCCCCAAUGCCUGGAGUGGGGCCACCACCUCCACCUAUACCUGGAAUGGGGCCCCCUCCACCUCCUAUGCCUGGAAUGGUGCCUUCUCCAUCCCCUUUGCAAGGAAUGGAGCCUCCUCCACCUCCUAUGCCUGGAAUGGGGCCACCACCACCUCCUAUGCCUGGAAUGGGGCCACCACCACCUCCUAUGCCUGGAAUGGGGCCUCCACCACCUCCUAUGCCAGGAAUGGGUCCUCCACCACCUCCUAUGCCUGGAAUGAUGCCUCCUCCACCUCCAAUGCCUGGUAUGGGGCCGGCUCUGCACCCAACCCCAGGGGAAGGACCUCCUCCGCCGCCUAUGCCAGGGGCAGGGCAGUCGUUAGGUAGCAAUCCCCCGCCACCCCCGCCAUUGAAUGCCCCAGGUACCCCGGCGCAGCACGCCACCGGGCCCCUUCCCUUUCCCGCACCCCCCGCCGGCGGUUGGAGCAUGCAACGAGCCACAUUGAGAAAAACGGCAAUAAAACCAGCUGCGCCUAUGAAACCGUUAUACUGGACACGUAUUUUGGCCGCGCCAUCGCAACCAGCGUACCAAGGAGAUUCAGAAGUGAGCAAAUUAAAACCUUUGUGGUUGGAAAUUGAAGAAACGAAACUGGAUAAUAUUGAAGAAUUUACUGAUUUAUUCUCGAGACAAGUUGUCAAAGCUCCGGCGAAAAAGAAAACGGAGGUCAAAGCUAAAAUAAAACCAGUCAAAUUGCUUGACAGCAAGCGGUCACAAAAUGUCGGGAUAUUGGCACAAAGUUUACAUGUAGAAUUCUCUGAAAUAGAAAAUGCUAUAUACAAUUUUGAUACAUCUGUUGUCAGCUUAGAAUCACUACAACAGAUUUAUGAUUUGAGAGCAAGCGAUGAAGAAUUGGUAUUAAUAAAAGAUCAUUUAGGAAGUAAACCAGAAAUCCCAUUAGAUAAACCGGAAAGUUUCUUGCAUGAUCUAUCUGGGAUACCGAAUUUUGCGGAAAGAAUAUCUUGCUUUAUGUUUCAAGCUGAAUUUGAAGAUGGUGUGAACACAACGAUGCACAAAUUAGAUAAUUUAAAACAUACAUGUGAGUUUCUUACUACUAGUGAACCAUUAAAGCAGCUAUUUGCUAUAAUAUUGACUUUGGGGAACUACAUGAAUGGUGGCAACGGCCAGCGGGGACAGGCUGAUGGCUUCGGCUUAGAAAUACUUGCUAAACUGAAAGAUGUUAAGUCGAAGCACUCUCAGGUGACGUUGCUGCACUUCAUAGUGCGCACGUACAUGCGCGGGCGCGGCGGCGCGCUGGCGGCCGCGUGCGCGCUGCCCGUGCCCGAGCCGGGCGACGUGGCGCGCGCCGCCGCCAUCGACUUCGCUGACGUCGCCGCACAACUCAACGAACUAGAUAAACGACUGCAAGAUUGCAAAGAGCAGACAAAGAAAGUAAUAGAAUGUGAUGCUCAAAGGAACGAAGACUGCAUUCCAUCAGCGGGUGAUAAUACGAAAAGGUUGGAAGUGUUCAAAGAUAAGAUGAAAACAUUCCUUGAUGCAGCUGAGGAGAAAUUGAAGACUGAGAACGAUAACUUGGAGGAAUGCCGCACCAAGUUUAUUGGCACCGUGAAGUUCUACCAGUACACGCCCAAGUGCGGCAAGCUGGAGGACUGCGAGCCGAAGGAGUUCUUCUCCCUGUGGACCUCAUUCUGCAGCGACUUCAAAGAUAUCUACAAGAAGGAAGAACAGAUUGCAAUAAAAGAAAAAUUAAAAGAAAAUAAAAAACUUCAAGAUGAAAGGAAAUCCUUGACACAGCCUAAGAAAGAAGGAGGUUUGAAGGCUCGUCUUCAAAAAUUGUCAGGUACAAGAAGAUAAGGGCAAAAUGACCACCUAGCUAGGAAUCGGCGAUACAGGCAGCACAAUUCUUAUUAAUUUAUGUGAAGUACAAAAAAGAAUUUGCUGUCAAAAUCUCACAAAAUGUACCUGUGUGUGAAAAAUUUUUCGUGUCAUUGUAUUAUUGCAUUUAAUUGUGUGAAACAGCUUUGUUUAUAUUUCUAUAAUAGGUGCUAAUACGCUUAUAAUAUAAUUUCAAUACAAAGAAAUCUCAUUGCUAAAACAAUUGUAAUCCAUGUUUAACAUAUUAAUAAAAAUUAUGUUAAUCUACAAUUAAAUUGUCAAAAUAAU